UUCAAAAAGGCCAACAAUACAUCAUGAAUUCAAGACAAGUGCUUUUUGUUAUCUUCAUUGAGCUUCCUGGUUGCUCAAAUUUAUUGCAAAGAGUAUCUCUUGCUUAAAGAGCUGUCCCUAUCCCCCAGGAAUGGUGCCUUGCAAACCUGACCCUUGAUCCCCGGAUUGGGGGAAGCAGGGAUUCGGCCCCAGAGAUUCUUGGGUGCCCACCCCCCAAAAGCAGGAAUCAGGGGAAUGAAAAACUGGGUAGAAGCAGGAAGAGAAGGGAGCAGGCAACCCCCCUCCUGCCCUUCCCCUGCCAGGAAGGAAUUUUGCAAUUCUGACCACUCCCUUUCCCCUGCCUGGCUCAGGUCCAGCCAUUAACGGGAACAGGAUGUGGGUGAGGACUUCCCUAGGAUGGGUGGCCCUGCUCCCAGUCCAGGCAGGUAUAAGCCUACCUGACCAGGCUAAGGGAACACAGAUGGAAAAGAGAGAGACCAUCAUGUCCUCUUGGAGCCCAGAGCGAAACCAGAGCCCGGGAGGCCUGAGCUCCCAUCUUUCUAGAACACUGUUCUUGCUGCUGCUAUCUGUGGCCUCAGCCCAGGAUGUCACCCCAAACCGUGACACCUGCUUGGUGUUCCAGUCGAGCAACGGCAGCUCCGUCUCCUGCCACCCACCUGCCAAACUCCCUCACCGCUUCCCAGCUGACACCGUCUACCUGGCGGUGGAGUUCUUCAACCUCACCCAGCUGCGGGCCGACACCCUCCAGGGCACCUCUAACCUCCAGGAGCUGCACCUCUCCACCAACCAGCUGGAGAGCCUCUCGCCCAAGUUCCUGCUGCCGGUGCCUCUGCUGAAGGUGCUCGACCUCACCCGCAAUGCCCUGACCCAGCUGCCCCCAGGCCUCUUCCGAGUCUCGGCCGCUCUCCACACCCUGGUGCUGAAGGAGAACCGGCUGGAAAUCCUGGAGCCCUCGUGGCUGCAGGGGCUCAAAGCCCUGGGGCAUCUGGACCUAUCCGGGAACCACCUCCAGACACUGCCCCCUGGGCUGUUGGCCAACUUCACCUCCCUGCGCAUCCUUGACCUCAGCAAUAACCAGUUGAAGACUUUGCCCUCUGGCCUUCUGAGGGGCCCCCUGCAGUUGGAAAGGCUGCAUCUGGAGGGCAACAGAUUGCGGGUGCUUGGAGAGGGGCUCUUGGCACCCCAGCCCGACCUGCGCUACCUCUUCCUGAACGACAACAGGCUGGCCAUGGUGGCAGCCGGCGCCUUCCGAGGCCUGCAGCAGCUGGACAUGCUCGAUCUCUCCAACAACUUGCUCACCAGCGUGCCCAAGGGGCUCUGGACAUCCCUGGGGCAGCCCACCCGGGACAUGAAGGAUGGCUUUGACAUCUCUGGGAACCCCUGGAUCUGUGAUCGGAACCUGGAUGACCUUUACGGGUGGCUCGUGGCCAAUAAAGACAAGAUGUUCUUCCAGAAUGCCACACGCUGCGCUGGGCCCGAAGCCUCAAAGGGCCAGACGCUCCUGGAAGCAGCCGAGUCCCACUGAGGCCUGGGGCUAGGGUGGGGAGACAGGCCUGGCAGCACACUGCACGGUACUUAGCAAAUAAUUCACCUUCGGCUUUCCAGAGCUGCCAGGAUCCGCUUGGCCCAGGCUUCCCAAAAUGCACGCUGGGCUCUCCAGCCUCCUUGUACCCUCUUCCAAGAACGUCUUUCCCUGGGGGCAGGUGGCUGGCUCAGUCGGUGGAGCGCGCGACUCUUAAUCUCAGGGUCCUGAGUUCAAGCCCCACAUUAGGCAUGGAGCCUACUUAAAAGAAAAAAGAAAAGAGAAUGUCUUGCCCUGUUUUCCAGAUCUCUUGGUCUCCAGGCUCCCUCAGCCUGCUCGGCCUCCCUCUGGCCCAGCCCUGGCUACACUAGGGUUGUCUCUAUCUGGUUCUGCCUCCCCCACUUCGGGGGGCUCUCCGAAUGCAGGGCCUGGGGCUGGGUUCCCUCGUAGCCAGCAUCGUUCAGUUUGUGGUCAGACCCGAAGGGUUAAUAAAUAACUGUGGAAUGGAAUUGGAAAUACUAGAAUAAUUCACGGUGUUCUGAGCAUCUCCCAGGUUGACUUCCUAGUCCUCCCCAGAGGAAGGAGAAGGAAAGAAGAGGCCUGACCCAGGGCCUGGGGUGCAGGACAUGAGCUUCCAAAGGGAUGGCAGUCGGGAUCUGAUGGCCCGCGGCUCCUCCUCCCUCUCCCCCCAUCCAGGACUUAACUGGAAAUAAAACACUGACCGUUGCCCGGAGUGUCAUUUUACUGGUGGAUUCCUGCCAGGGCUUGUGUCCUGGGGAAGGUUUAAAUUAAACCGGAUUGCUUCAGGUCUCCAAACAAUUUGUCAUGCUGGCCCGUGACAACCCAGGGGGAUAGCCACCCAGGGCAGGCCUGGGCAGGCUGGGUGGAGCCGAAGGCUUAGGAGCCUGGGUUCUUCCAACUCAGAACCUUGGGCCACCUGCUGACACAGUGCUGGGCAUGCUGGGAGCCAGAGUCAGAUUUGGGGGACCCCUGGGUGUUUGGGGGAAGGCUCCCUGGAAGAAUGGUCAUGCCUAUGUUGGUGGUCAUUCCAGGAAUGACGAUGAAAGCCAGGGAGGGGCCUGGAGUCUGGCAGAGCGGGGUUUGAAUCAGAUCCCUCAAUUUGCUCAUCUGUAAAAUGGGGAUCCAAGGGAAUGAGCCGGCCUGAAUCCUGGCUCAGUUUAAUGGCAGAUUUUUAAAUUUUUACUAUUUUAUUUUUUAAGAUUUUAUUUAUUUAUUUGAGAGAGAGAAUGAAAUAGAGAGAGCAUGAGAGGGGGGAGGGUCAGAGGGAGAAGCAGACGCCCCGCUGAGCAGGGAGCCCGAUGCGGGACUCGAUCCAGGGACUCCAGGAUCAUGACCUGAGCCGAAGGCAGUCGCUCAACCGACUGAGCCACGCAGGCGC